GACCAAAUGUAUAUUCUGGGUCAAAUUUAAGCCACACUCAGUUCCAUUUUAGGUAACUUACACAUUUAGAUAUAGAAAACAUACAGUAACGUAGCUAUGUCGUAACGGUAAAUAACCGUAACAACAUGUUUAUCUGAUCAUGUAAGAUGGAUAUACUAUGCCUUUAAGAUAGCUAGCUAGUAGAUGUUUACAAACUGACAUUUGAGCAUGUAAUCUAGUCACUUAUGGCAGUGAGAUAUACACGAUUCAAACUAUGGCUGAAUCAAUUAAUUAAUCUAUAUAAUUGGCCGUGUUUUCUUUAUUCAGGUUUAAGGUCAGUUAGCCUUCACCCCCACCACCACUCUCUCCUAUUCGCUGUCUACGUCUCUCUCCCGCUGCCGAUCAGCGCUUGCUGCUGUGUCUACGUUCCUGUUGUCAGUGAACGGUGAAACUCCACAGAGUAGCCUGCAGCCUCAGCCACAGAAACUCGGGUUUAUUCCAACUUUACUGCCACUUGUGAGUGUGCCUGAACGAGUAACGCUUUGUUAGCACACCAAAUUAGCCGACAGUGAGUCACACAGCAAACGGUCGGAACUUGAAAUAUGACGAUAAGCAAAAUGGGUGGAAAGUCAUUGCUAGCUUGCUGAAGUUGGAGGUUCUCCUUGUGGAAGAGGAAGAGGUGGCGGCGGCGGCGGCAGACACCACGAGUUCACUCUCACAAUAAAAAGACUGCAGCCCAACCAGAAGCUUCAAAGGCGGGUUUUACUCAGCAGAGCGGUUCAAGAGAAAAUGGCUGCUGUUUCCAGGUCUUGUUUGCACAUCUGUCAGGAGGAGUGAGCCCAGCCUUCCAACAUACCUCCUCCCUUUCGUUGGGCUAAGAUGAGUAUUACCAGUGACGAAGUGAACUUUCUGGUCUACAGAUACCUCCAAGAAUCAGGUUUCUCCCACUCAGCAUUCACCUUUGGCAUCGAGAGCCACAUCAGCCAGUCUAACAUCAAUGGAACACUAGUGCCCCCUGCAGCCCUCAUCUCCAUCCUGCAGAAGGGGCUUCAGUACGUGGAGGCAGAAAUCAGCAUCAAUGAGGAUGGUACAGUUUUCGACGGUCGGCCAAUUGAGUCGCUGUCACUCAUUGACGCGGUGAUGCCAGACGUGGUGCAGACGCGGCAGCAGGCCUUCCGUGACAAGUUAGCUCAGCAGCAGGCGGCCUGUGCCAUGGCAGCGUCAACCUCUGGAAACCAAUCCAACGCACCAAAGAAUGGAGAAGCCACUGUCAAUGGGGAGGAGAAUGGCACUCACAACAUUAAUAACCACAGUGAGCCCAUGGAGAUGGACGUAGAUGUGGAGAUACCUGCCAGCAAAGCCACAGUGCUCCGAGGCCACGAGUCUGAAGUGUUCAUCUGUGCCUGGAACCCUGUCAGCGAUCUGCUGGCCUCAGGCUCGGGGGACUCCACCGCUAGGAUCUGGAACCUGAACGAGAAUAAUAACUCCAACUCCACCCAGCUGGUGCUGCGCCACUGUAUCCGAGAAGGUGGCCAGGACGUCCCCAGCAACAAAGACGUCACCUCACUAGACUGGAAUAGCGAAGGCACUCUCCUGGCAACGGGCUCGUAUGAUGGAUUUGCCAGGAUAUGGACAAAGGAUGGAAAUCUGGCAAGCACCUUGGGGCAGCACAAAGGGCCCAUAUUUGCACUCAAGUGGAACAAGAAGGGGAACUCUAUUCUCAGUGCUGGUGUAGAUAAGACAACAAUCAUUUGGGAUGCACACACAGGAGAAGCCAAGCAGCAGUUCCCUUUUCACUCAGCCCCAGCACUGGAUGUCGACUGGCAGAACAACACCACCUUUGCCUCCUGCAGCACAGACAUGUGCAUCCACGUAUGUCGCCUUGGCAGCGACCGGCCCCUCAAGACCUUCCAGGGCCACACGAAUGAAGUUAAUGCCAUCAAGUGGGAUCCAUCAGGUAUGCUGCUUGCCUCCUGCUCAGAUGACAUGACCUUAAAGAUUUGGAGUAUGAAGCAGGAGUCAUGUGUCCACGACCUCCAGGCUCAUAGCAAAGAGAUCUACACUAUCAAGUGGAGCCCCACAGGCCCCGGCACAAGCAACCCCAACUCCAACAUCAUGCUCGCCAGCGCCUCUUUCGACUCAACAGUACGACUGUGGGAUGUUGAGCGAGGGGUUUGUAUUCACACACUGACCAAGCACCAGGAACCUGUCUACAGUGUGGCUUUCAGCCCCGACGGCAAGCACCUGGCUAGUGGCUCCUUUGAUAAGUGUGUCCACAUUUGGAACACUACGACUGGAGCCUUGGUGCACAGCUACAGGGGUACUGGUGGUAUUUUCGAGGUGUGCUGGAACAGCAUUGGUGACAAAGUUGGUGCCAGCGCAUCAGAUGGUUCGGUAUGUGUGCUUGAUCUCCGAAAAUAGCUGACUUAAGACUUUCAUGAUGAAUCCUGGAAUGUGGAGCAAAUUGCCUUCUUCUGCCGUCAGCAAACUCGCUCUCAUUGCUCAAGAAGAGCUGUAAGGUGGAGUGAAACAAAACCCAUCACAGGCGUAAAACCAGAUUACUGCAACAGCUUCUGAGGAGCCAACAGCAACUGACUUCAGUGCACCUUACAGUUUGUUGAUGUGUGUUUUAUGACAAGCCUAUUUGAAACGUAAUGGAAGGUGGUUAAGAGAUCCCCAAGACUGGACUGAAUCCAACUCCCUGGGUGCAUCCAUGUUUUAAAGGUUUCUAAUGAGGAAGUGCUGCGAUGCCUCCGGGCCACUGGUCCAGCUGUUAUCGGGAUUGUAUGGGUGGAAACACAAAGAUGAGUUUCAUAUAAAGAGUAAAGUGUUAAUGAGACACACAUGUUUGGCUGUGAAAGGCAACAAAUUUUGAAAGAAUGGUGGUGGUUUUAGAAUUCCUCUCAGCAAAUGUUACUUCAUGUCCAAAUGAACUAACUGGGGCCGUGAUAAGAGUAACAUGAAUACUGAAGCACUGGUUUUGUCUGUUGACAUGGUGCUUAACUUCUUCUAAGUGGAGAAUAGUUUGUUUCAAGAGUACUUCUUGCUUUUUUUGUCUGUUUUCCACAGAUGGACUUUUGAAAGUCAAAACUGAAUGUGCCGCUACGAGGUAGUUUUAAGCUUACGUUUAACAACAGGUCAACAAAAGGAAAACCUGCCAAGAAACAGUACUAACCUCCCAACAUGACCAGCUCAAUUCACUCGAGAUUAGAAAUGUCAUUUUGUGGACAAGAGGUGAAAAGUUUGGUUUACAAAGAGAAUUUUCUCCCUUUUUUUUGGAUGUAAAUUUAAGAAUGUAAAGAUAUGUAAAUUAGAUUAAUACACAGACUUAUAUACUGUGUAUAUAUGUUUAUAUACAGUACACUUUAUUGCCAUUCUGUAGGGGCUCAUUAAUGGCUAGAGCAGUCACAUCUUUGCUGAUAAUACGUGGCGAGGCCUCCUUUUUAAAUGAAGUGCAUGUCUCAUCAGCUUCUUUUAACACACUUUUUCAACUCUGCCAAUCAUAUCCAAUGCAUCAGAAUCCUUUUUUCAGUGAGUCACAAAUGGCAUUGACACAGAUGUGUUCAGCGACUUUGCUUUCCACUAUUGAUCCCUGAAAGCCAUGGAAGAAACAUUUGCCUCAUUAUCUGCAUUCAGGGAGUUAUCUGGUCAACAAUAGUGAAGGGAACGGUCAUCACAGUCUCCUGUUUGGUUUCUGCUUUAACUUUGUAUUGUAUUUGGAACGGGACAUCACAGAAUCAAUGUUAAGAGUGUCAUGCAGACGUGGGCGGGAAAACAGCUACAGCUUAGUUAACAUUAUCUCUUUGGCACUUUCCUCUGAAUAGUCUACUGAAAAUUCAGAGCACAUUCUGACCAGGAGGUGGAGGUCAAGCAAAAGUCCUGCUGUUGCUAAAAGAAAAAAGCUAUGAUUGGUCUUGUUAAGUCCCGCAGAAUGCUGCCAGCUGAUCAGAUUUGGUCAGAUCUCUGAAAUCUGACCAAUUCUGAUCAGUCUGUGUUGUGGGCUGAGCUGCAACUGUGUGCAGUAAGUCUGCCUCCGUCUGCUUACUGGGAUCUCGUGUAAAAGACAGUAUCUUCAAACUAACUUACCACCACUUUGAUUAGCCUUUUUUUUCUGGUCCCCUUCCCUUUCAGUCAACUUCUGGUUGAGCAAUGUGAAGUGCACCUUUUUGUAAGGGUGGGUUCAACAAAUAUUCAGAUUUUGCUGAAAGUGAAGGGCCAAUGUUUUAUUUUUCUCCUUUUUUUUUUUUUUUAAUGUCACGAUUGGACGUUAAUGGGUGGUUCAUGGUUUUCUGACCUUUUCAUUUUCUGAGAGCCAUUAUUGUCUGUGUCAGACUGAGAAUUGGGCUGUGGGGUUGGUGGCGUACUAAGGAGCCCAGUAUGGGAUAAGUGCUGUGACAGAUACUAUCUCUCUUGCACCCUGGUUCAGGGUGUGGUCACCUGUUUCCAAGACAAAACGUUGAAGUCAUUCAGUGUCUCAAAUAAAUCACUCUAUUUUGAUAUCAGAAACCAUGAA